UUCUUUUUGCAUUAAUUUUACGAUCUAGGUUUUCAAACUCAACUCACCACCCGAAACCCCAUCUUUCACGACUCUUCCCCUUCAUCUUUAUAUAAGAGCCUUUUCAUCCGAUUAGUGUUUUUCCAAAUUUGUUUCUGGGUCUCCAGAAUUCAAUCAAGAAAUCUCGAAUAAUUCAUAUAAGAAUAAACUUUGAAUCUUGGGAGGGUUUGAGAAUCAUAUGGGGAAAUCUGGGGGUAAGAAAAAGAAGAGUGAUGCUAACCAAAGCCAGAAGGUAUCUGGGAUAGAUAAUAAUUCCACCCCUAUUGUUAAUGGAGGUGUUGAUUUGGAUUCCUCUAUUUUCUUGAAAAGAGCCCAUGAGCGAAAAGAAGAGGGAAAUAAAAGGUUUCAGGCUAAGGAUUAUAUUGGUGCUCUUCAGCAAUAUGAGAAUGCCCUCAAAGUUACCCCAAAAAUGCACCCAGAUCGAGCUGUAUUCCAUAGUAACAGGGCAGCUUGUUUGAUGCAAAUGAAGCCUAUAGAUUAUGAUACUGUGAUAUCUGAGUGUGCCAUGGCACUUCAGGUACAGCCUCAGUUUGUCCGGGCCCUUCUAAGAAGGGCUCGUGCAUUUGAGGCUAUUGGUAAGUAUGAAAUGGCUACGCAAGAUGUGCAAGCGCUGCUGGUUUCUGAUCCAAAUAAUCAAGAUGCCUUAGAGAUAUCAGGGCGAUUGAGGAUGGUACUUGGCCCACGUCAAGAGGCCCAGCAGGAUCUCCAGAGCCGUCCUUCACCAGCUGCUCUUGGGGCCUCUGCCGUUGGGGCACCAAUAGCUGGCCUUGGAUCUUGUUUGUCAGCCAGAUCUGUGCCUAAGAAGCAGGCAUCUGCUGUACCAGCUACUAGUAGUAAGUCAGAAAAGCUUUAUCCAAUACCACAUACUGAGAAUGGUCCUGAGACGAAGGCCCAAUUACCGCAAGUUGUCUUGAAGCCUUCAAAUAGUUCUUCAAAACCCUAUACAAAUGCUAAUAAGGACAACCAAAAGGAACGGUCAAGUUCUUCAUCAUCGUCGAUUCUCAUUCCUGGGCUAGCUGCUGGGGCUGUGUCUCAAUGGAGGUCGCUGAAGCUUGUAUAUGAUCAUGACAUAAGGCUUGCUCAAAUGCCAGUGAACUGUAGCUUUCGAGUUUUGAGGGAGAUAGUUGGCAAACGUUUUCCUAUGUCGAAAUCAGUACUGAUUAAAUAUAAGGACAAUGAUGGUGACUUGGUGACGAUAACAGGUACAAAUGAACUUAGAAUUGCAGAGUCCUGUGUCGACAACCUUAUUCCAAAACACCCUGACAAAGAUAAAGGAGACUCCGUUGGGAUGUUGAGAUUGCAUGUCGUUGAGGUGAGCCCAGAGCAAGAGCCUCCUGUGUUGGAAGAGGAAGAAGAGAAGCCUCUCGAGAGUGAAGGAACUAAAGGAGAUGAGAGUGUAUCACAAUCUUUGACCGGUGAUUCUGCUUUGGAAGCUUUAGAUGCUGAGAUUGAUAAGGCCGAAAAGACAAUUCUGAAGGGGAAAACUGGAAAACCAGAGGACCUUGCAUGCAAGGAGGUGGAGAUGGAUGAUUGGCUAUUUGAGUUUGCACAGCUAUUCCGUAGCCACGUUGGCAUUGAUCCUGACACUCAUGUAGAUCUGCAUGAGCUCGGGAUGGAACUAUGUUCCGAAGCCCUUGAGGAAACAGUUACAAGUGAAGCAGCCCAAAGCCUUUUCGACAAGGCUGCUCUGAAGUUUCAGGAGGUGGCUGCUUUGACUGCCAUGAUCGUAUAA